AUGCUCGUAUGGUAUACAUUCAUCACAAAAACACCAAGUGACAACAGUCUUUUUGCAAACUCACUAUUUUUCUGCAAAGUAGUCAAUAGACACCAAUUCUGGACUGAUGUUGAACCUGUCUUAAAUCAAAUUGAUGAUGCCAUUGCGUCCGAUUUAGUGCCAUCACCACAACUGCUUAACCUGUGUUUUAAAAUACUUGCAGGAGCAUCAAUCGUUCUUCCCGAAGAAUUGAACGCUGUUAUUACCCGGGGUGAACAUUUUUGGUGUACAAUGACGUUAAUAUUGUAUCGUCUUAAAUCUGAAGCAAUCGUUCGCAAAUUAAAACAGUUACCAUCAAGAAUUCAAAUUAGUGAACAAGGUUUUCUUCGUGAUGCAUUUCGUGUCACAUCUCAUGAACGAGGCGCUGAAUAUCUGGUUCAAGCAACAGAAUAUUACUCACCAGUUCAAUUUUAUAAAAAUGCCAAUCGUAUGAUGAAAUUACGUGAAUGGAAAGUCUACAAAUUACCAUCGUCAGCAUUUAAUCUAACAUAUGGAGAUGCGGAAAAACUAACUUUCGUUGCACAAUACAACUUAGAGAGAAGUCAAUCCGAAGAUGGCACAUCAACACAUGUGUUUGGCAGAACAGAUAUUGAGGAUGGUGGGCACGUUUCCAUUGCUAAUUAUAUGACAAUGCCUGGGCCACAAAUAGAUGGAUACUAUGAAAUGAAAUUACUGGUAAUUGAAGAUUUGAAAUCAUUGAACGGACUGCCAGUUUUAACAAGAACGAUACGCAGCUGGAAAGUUGGCAUCGAUGCUGUUAUUGUGUACGGUCACAAGCGACAAUAUCUAAAAAUUCUCGGUCUUAAAGUUAAUAAUGACAUGUUCUAUGAUGAUGAUAUAGUGAUAGAGUACGAUGCAAAUACAGGACGACAAAUAGAACAUUUGGAACUUGAAAGUAAUUGA